AUGACGCUGCCUUGGAAUGCCAUUUCCAGUUCACUAACACGUGAAGGAAACCUGAUGAAUAUCAAUCACAAAGACUCAGAAAGUAUCACUGAUGUUUGCUCCAAUGAAGAUCUCCCUGAAGUUGAAUUGGUGAGCCUGCUAGAAGAACAGCUUCCCCAAUACAAGCUCCGGGUGGAUUCCCUCUUCUUAUAUGAAAAUCAAGACUGGACUCAGUCUCCCCGUCAGAAUCAGCAUGACUCUGAUGCCAUUUCUCCAGUCCUUGCUGAAGAGACUUUCCGUUAUAUGAUUCUAGGCACAGACAGAGUGGAGCAGAUGACCAAAACUUACAAUGACAUUGACAUGGUCACACACCUUCUGGCUGAGAGAGAUCGGGACCUAGAGCUAGCAGCUCGCAUUGGACAAGCUCUCUUGAAGAGGAACCAUGUUCUGUCUGAACAGAAUGAAGCACUUGAAGAGCAGUUGGGACAAGCCUUUGAUCAAGUUAAUCAGCUGCAGCAUGAGUUGUCUAAGAAAGAUGAAUUACUUCGAAUUGUCUCCAUUGCUUCUGAAGAGAGUGAAACUGAUUCCAGCUGUUCUACCCCACUUAAAUUUAAUGAAUCCUUCAGCCUGUCUCAAGGUCUGUUGCAGCUGGACAUGCUACAAGAAAAACUCAAGGAACUGGAGGAAGAGAAUUUGGCUCUCCGAUCUAAGGCUUGUGACAUAAAGACUGAAACAAUUACUUAUGAAGAGAAGGAGCAGCAACUUGUCAAUGACUGUGUUAAAGAACUCCGUGAAACCAAUGCUCAGAUGUCCAGGAUGACAGAGGAGUUAUCAGGGAAGAGUGAUGAACUGAUUCGAUACCAGGAAGAGAUCUCCUCCCUUCUGUCUCAGAUCGUUGACCUUCAGCACAAACUGAAAGAACAUGUAAUUGAAAAAGAGGAACUGAGGCUUCACUUACAAGCUUCCAAAGAUGCCCAAAGACAGCUGACAAUGGAGCUACAUGAAUUACAGGAUCGGAAUGCAGAGUGUCUGGGAAUGCUACACGAAUCUCAAGAAGAAGUUAAGGAACUUCGGAGUAGAUCCAGCCCUGCAGCACAUGUAUAUGGCCCCCAACAGUGUGGAGCAUUUUCUGCGAUGUCCCAAAAGUUGGAGCUUCUCUUUCCCCAUGCAGGAUCUCAAACUCUACAUCAUUGGCAGCAACUAGCACAACCAAACCUGGGAACCAUUCUUGACCCACGUCCAGGUGUCAUUACAAAAGGCUUUACUUUAUUGCCAGAAGAUGCUAUUUAUCACCUUUCUGAUUUAGAAGAAGAUGAAGAUGGGGGCAUAACAUUUCAGGUGCAGCAGCCUUUUCAGGAGGAAGGGAAACCUUCAAUAUCUAAGCCAGCGCCCAGUAUCUUCCUACCACCUAUUUCUUCCGCAAGUGUGCCACUUACAGCCUCAAAUCCAGGAAAAUGUCUGUCUUCCACAAAUUCCACCUUUACCUUUACCACCUGUAGGAUAUUGCACCCUUCUGAUAUCACCCAGGUUACCCCAAGCGCCAAGUUCCCAUCAUUAUCCUGCGGAAGCACCAGUAGCAGUACGUCUAGUACCGCAAUGAAUUCCCCCGCCCUGUCCUACAGGCUCAGCAUCGGAGAAUCCGUCACCAGUCGGCGAGACUCCACAACCACCUGCAGCAGUACCAUGAGUCUGGCCAAACUUCUGCAAGAACGAGGCAUCUCUGCUAAAGUAUACCACAGCCCCAUUUCAGAGAACCCUCUCAUCCUACCAGCCACUAAAAUCCCAGCCAUUCCCUCCACCCCACCAAAUUCUCCAUCCCGUUCACCUUGUCCAUCUCCUUUGCCUUUUGAAUCCCGGACACAAAUCUCUGAAAACUUUCUUGCCUCUCGACCAGCUGAAACAUUCCUACAGGAGAUGUAUGGCUUGAGGCCUUCCAAGACCCCUCCAGAUAUUGGCCAGUUGAAGAUGAACCUAGUGGACAGACUAAAGAGACUUGGAAUAGCCAGGGUCAUCAAGACCCCUGAGAUGAAGGAAAAUGGAAAAAGCCCCGGGACAGAAAUUGGUCUGCGAAGACCAGACUCUGCUGCCUUUUUAAAUGCAAGUAGCAAUUUAUUGGGUGGCCUCAGGAGGAACCAGAGUCUUCCAGUCAUGAUGGGUAGCUUUGGAGCCCCAGUUUGCACAUCUUCCCCCAAAAUGGCUAUCUUGAAGGAAGACUGAAUUUGCAUAUGAAGGAUAAAUUUGUAAUGAUCAAAGUAGUCUAAUCAGAAGGAAAAAGAAAGUUGCAGAAGGAUUGUGGAUGUGAAAAUGGAAAAAGGUCAGGAUAAUGAAGAUGAGCAUGGUGAAAAGACCUAGGGUUUGAGUAAUUAUAAUUGAGAAAUAUGUAAGCAAGAAGGAUGGAUACAGGAAUUAGAAAGGAAGAAAUAGAAAGCAUGCAUGGAGCCUCAGGGUUUCUUGACUUGAACCAAAAAAAAAAAGAGGUAAAGCAAAAUAAAAUAAAUUUUUUAAUAGUAGACUAUAUCUGAAAUACACUCUGGACUUGUAUCCUCAUCCCUUUUUCAAUCACAAGUCGAGAGAAGUCAGUUUAUAGAGGCAGAGAAUGAGAGAACUUCCAUUGUCAUUUGAAAAUUCAUCCUUUUUUUUUCCAGGCUGGUGUCUAAACUAGGGAGUAAAGUGACAAGUCUAGGUUUUUACUUAGCAGCAAUGAGGAAUUUUAUACAUUCUUCCUAUAUGAUACUUAGCUAUAAGCAUGUCUGUCACCUGUUUUUUUUUUUCACAGUCGAAACAAAAAAGCUAGGAAUUUUACCUGUUCAUCAGAUCAGAGGAAGCCCAUGUUUCUUUCUGCCUCAUGUCCACGAGCAAAUAGGAGAGUUAUACUGAGCACAAGCACUCUUCAAAUUCUUUUUGUAUUUGCAGCCACCUUUACAGUUUUUAAAAAUUUUGUAUUUUUGUACUAUGCAGAAAACCAAUGCCCUUCUUCCUUAUUUUCUUUUUUCCAUUUUAGCAAGCUUAGUAAAUGAGCCAAUGAAAUGUAUUACCCGAAUUUCCUUUUGGAGGAGUGCAAUGAUCAAGACAUAUAAACAUAAUUAGUGUCUCACAGGUCUCCUUGGAGGCUGGGAAGAGUAUAAAGAAAAAGUGCAAUCCAUAGGAAUCGGGAGAUGUUUUUUGUUUUUUGUUUUUUAAUAAAAGGUUGUUGCAACUGUGGAAAGGAAUCUUUCCAGAGUGGGCUAUGCAUAUUUUAAUGAAAGAAUACUUGCAUUUGCACAAAGAAAUUCUCAGGCACAUUGAGUUAUUAGGAACUGAAAAAAUAACCAGAGACACAAACACCCAAAGACAACUUUGGGGUUGUGUUUUGAUUUUAUUUAAUCUACAUGAAAAAUAUAACACAAAAUAAGGACCAAUCAGGGAGUUGUUCUGCUGUGUCUGCUUGGUGAAAUCAAUCCCUUUCUCCAAGAAUGAGCUUUUUAAAGGGUAAAUCAAAUGAAACCCGCUGAAGCAGAUUGUCUUUACUCUUCUGGAUGGGUUCCCUUUAUUGUUUAUCUUCAUCAGCAGACGCUUUGGUAUUAGGUUUCAAAUACCAAUACAAAAUGCAAAGUUGUGACAGGAAGAAGUAGGUCUGUUUUUUUCCCAGGCCCACUGAAUAACUUCUGUACCUCCAUGUAUUGUAUCAUCAUUUGAAUAGGACAGUUUGGAAAUAAAUGGAACUAUCUUAAGAGACAUGAUUGACAAAAAAGAUGAACAGAAAUGACUUAUUGCCCUUCUUGUUUGCCCCUUUUGGAAAAGACAGGAAAGCACAAACCUCCAGUGCUGACUUGUAUGAGUCGUACCACUUUGCAGGGUAAUUUUGUGGAUGACCCUGAUUUGGUGGAAAGAGGACUUCCAUGAUGAACAUUUUGCCUAGAAUAAUUAUGCUGUCCAUGGGACCUAUGAUUAACCUGCUUGUCAGCAAGCAGAUUCUUUACCCUUUUGGCUGCCAGAGGCUCCUCCUCAUCUUAUGUAGCUGUAGACUCAGCCAUAAACAUAAAAACCUCAGAUGGUAUAGGUCAGGGAAAAAAAUCACCUAACACUUGCACACUGUCGAUCAUGUGAACUUUUGAUCCUUUUAGUAUUUUUGUGGUAUAUUUUGAUACAACUUCAAAUUUUCUAAGUGAUACUUAAAAAAAUGAGGACAACUUCCUCUUCCUUCCAUCUUGUGCCUAAAUAAAGAGUGCAGUCACACGUUCUGAAAGGGGUACCAAACGUGGGCAUAAACAAGCUGACAUAAGCCUGUCCCCUAAAUGAAGGAUGCUAAAAGAAAAAUCUUAGUUGCUGAAAUGACAAAAAAAAAAAAAACCAAAAACCAAAAACCUCCUUUUUUUAAAAAAGGGCAUUUGAAUUUGUAUUACUUCAAGGAACUGUGUGGGCUUCUUGCUUUUUUUAGUCAGAGAUUUUUUUUUCUUUUCCCUCAAAUGAACCAGAUUUCUAAUAUGUCCUUUUGCUAAGAAUUUAUGACUUCUGAAAGAAUGUCAAGAAGAGUGGAAUAGCAUGGGACCCAGAAAACCGCACAAAGUGUCAGAUGUCAGGUUUCUGUAGUCUAUGAUAUAUCUAUAAACUAAGCUAGAUUUUGAAGUGUUCUAUAUUAAGGAAAUUCCAAUUUAUAUGUAUUUCUCCCCCCCCCCCCAAAAAAAAAAAAACCUAACCUCUCUAGGAAGUAGUGAAGAAUUAGCUUAGCAGCCAAGUUAGCAAAUGUUUGAAAGACAGACUAAGAUGGCUAGGUCAGCAUUCAGCCAGAAGCACACGGGUUACAUACCAGUCUGUAUUGGUUAAGAAGUGGAUCUGUGUAAGAAGUCAGGUGGACGAAUUGUGAAAGCUAGCAAAAUGUUAUCAUGGUAUGUACCAUCUGAGAAACUGGGCCACAUCAAGAUUUGGUAACAAGAAAUGAGUUUUUGGUGGCUAGAAAGCCUCCUAGACUUGUCCAUUGCUGCUGUUACUAUUCAGAUAUUUUUGCUGUUUUCACAACUUGUAUGUUAGACUUGAAGACCAAUGUCAAAAACAAUUUUUUUUUUCUUUCUAUCCUUUCAAGGAAGUUUCCUGUGUCUGUAAUUUUGAGUAGAAGUUGGUCCUGUUAGCUAACAGGCUAACUACCUAAACUCAAAAUAAAAACCAACUGUAAAGCUUCUGCAGAAAAACAAAUGACAAUAUUAGAGUAGCAUAAGCACCUGGUUUAACUGCUGUACAUUCCAACAGAAAUUUGGCAGGAAGGUGCAAAAUUCGAGAUAGGAAACACAUUAGAAGAGGCUUACUGAGGGCCAACUCCCUGUGGUAUGUAUCUGAUACAGUAUUAAAGUAUUGUUAAUUCUGACAAUGAAAGAAUGUGUGCAUUCUCUGUGUCUGGUCUUAAAGUCUGGCCACCUCCACUUGAUGUCAAAUGUGUAAUACACGUGGAUUAUACUCUAUGUCUGGCACAGCACUGAAAUGCAUUUGUGUAUGCAGAAGUGAUGGCAGCCAAGAGUGCGGCAAAUAGUGGGUGACUGCUGGCUAACAUCGUCUAAUAUUUAGGAAUGUGGGCUGUUUUCAGACAGCUUUGUGCACUUGACUUUAUUUAUGGAAUGUAAAUCAGAUAAUAAACAUAUACAUCUUUCUUUUUAA